AGAAAAAUCUGAAUGGAAAUUAUUACCGCCUGGUGCUCCGCAGCUCUCUUAUUUCAGCAGAGAAACAGGAACUUACUCACCAGGAGGAGAAACGCACCGACUUCUCAAAUGUCAACCGGAGGGUGGAGUAUGUGACGUUCGACGCAGGCAGAUCGGGAGGGGGAAAGAGAAAGAAAAGGAAGAACUUUUUUUUUCCGACAGCUUUUUCUUCUCCCAAACAGAAAUUUCAUACAAAACGCGUUAACUUGGGCGCUUCGGGUGGCGAAUGAACGCGGCGAUAAACGCGAGACGAGCGAGGAGGAGGAUAAACGAGCUUUCGCGGAGAUCCCUCAGAUGUCUGUGCGACAGAUGACAGCGUUAAAACUCGACACAGCGUGAAGCCUGUGGCCUUUUGACAGAACGGAGAUAUCCCCUUCAGCAUGACUUCUGAACUGGACUCUAGCUUGACCAGCAUCGACUGGCUUCCUCAGCUGGGGAUCAGCACUUUGAGAUCAGGCAAAGAAAGAGUGGAGCGAAAAAAAGAACGAGGAAGAGAGAAGGACAUCCCUCCCAUACCUACACCGUCCCCUGGGUCUAACUCCAAAGUGAAACCCCCUCACAGCUACGCCACUCUCAUAGCCAUGGCAAUCAGCUCUGCUCCUGAAAUGAAGCUGAGUUUGAAUGAUAUUUACACAUGGAUCAGCAAUACGUUUCCUUAUUACAGCAGAGCAGGAAGAGGAUGGAAGAACUCAAUUCGACACAAUCUGUCCCUCAAUAAAUGUUUCCGAAUUCCUCGACCACAGAGCGAUCCUGGGAAGGGCUCAUACUGGACGAUGGAUGUACCGCCUGACUCGGCUCAACCCAGGGGAGUUAAACGUGCUUAUCCUAAAGAGGAGGAGGCUCCAUUCUCAGAGGCUCAAGUGCCCGUCAGUCAAGCAGAGCCCCUCCAACCUCAACCAGACACCAAAAGCACGUUCUCUCCCCCUCCUUGCAAGCAACGUCCCAGCAUUCCGGUACCUACAUCUCUUCCUUCGAACCCUCAUGCUGACCCCUCGCUACGAUUCUCCUUCGCUGAUUUGAACCUACCAGAUCUGUACAAUUCCUUCCAGUCCCUCUGUCGCUCUGUAAGAGACAGAGUCACCUCACAAUCGGACAUUACCAGUUUACUUGGACUAACUCACGACAGUACGCCUCUCCACACACCAACCCUGCCUCCUCUCUCCCCCUGCCCCUGUCCAAACCCUAACAUGAACCAGUACACCAACCCUACUCUAAACCCAAAUCUCAAUACCAACGGCAACUUCAACCCAAACACACCCAGUACUAACUCCAGCUUUAUCCACAACCUAAACCCAAACCAGAACUCUACCAUUCAUCCGAACGCCAACACUGAGCCCGACAAGCUGCUGCACAGUAAUGCAGUUCCUGCAGAUUGGUUCAGUAACGCUGACUCUUUGAGAGAGAGUUUCAGAAUUGCUAGUAGUCUGGACUGGGCUAACAUUGAUCUCACCAGUCACCCUGACCUGGUAGAGAGCAUGCGGCAGGCCGAGCUCUGUGACUGGGCGUUGGAUUCGACACUCUUCACCUCGCUCUGUGAUUCACUCAACCGUUUCUUCACUCAGAAGGGUCUCAUUGGCUCACCCUCUGGUGGGCCCUCCUCUUUUGGACAAAUGGCCCCACCUCCUAUGAAUAUGCCGCCCACUAAUCCUCCCAGCCUGGCUAGUUUAACUCAACCCUCUCCACUCAUCUACCCCUCUCAGCUCCCUCCUGGCACUGGUGAAUCUCCCCUCCAAAGUCCCAGGAGAACCCUGACCCCUCACACCCAGAACCAGAUGGCACAGAGAUCGCCGAUCCAGCAGCCCACCACAAGCCAGCCUCUGACUCCUAGCACACUUCAGACUCAACCACUGACCCCAACAGGACGUCCGCACUUGAAGAAAGUCAACAGCGAGGAAAUCCAGGAUGAUUUCGACUGGGAUUCUUUGAUUGAGUAAUUUUGUUUUGCAGAUAAAUACACAGCAAAGAAAACAUACAAUUAUCGAGAAAAGGCAUGACUCAAAAAGUAAAUGAAGCCAACUCAUUCAUCUCGUUUCAUUUACAAAAGCAGCACCGCUGUAACAAUGUUCAUCAUUCAGCUGUUUGAUUUCCUUAUGGCACAAUGGUGCUGCUAUAGUCAACUGCAUGUUGGAGAACAAUAAUAGCAGCACCAAAUUGUGAGGUUAACCAAAAUUUGCAAUGCAAAAUAUUUAUCAUGUUUGUUUCUAAACCGCUCCAGACCUUGAAGGUUGGGGUGGAUCGAUCCACGCCAGGCUGCCUUGUUAUGUAAGUGUAUUACAAUGUAAAUAACAUUAGCAUUUCCAAAGCCUUAGCCAGCUGACAAUGGCUCAGUUUUUGCUGAAUGUUGAUAAAGGCUUUAGUCAAUUUAAUAGCUGUUGGAAGAAUUGUUUUCGGAAGAAAUGAUCUUAAAUUGCACUUUUUCAACAAAUUGCAUGUACACUAACAAUUUCUGGGAGAAUAAAUGCAGUUUAACAGUACACUGAGGUAUAUUAUGGCAAUAUAUAUGGGUGUAUUUUGACUGAAACCAAUUAUGACAUAUAUUGCUUUAUAUUUUGUCACAUAGCAAAUCCCCUUAGGGUACAAUUGUCUUAUCAAAAACAAAAUAAAAAGAAUGGUUUAAUGUUUGUCAUUUUAAUUGCCGUUUAAAAGCAAACCAAUGCCAAAGAAAAAAAAAAGCGUAGACCUUUUUUUUGUGAUUUUGUUUUUAUUUCUUAAAGUUCUUUGAUUUUUUUUUUCCUCCAUUUUAUAUUUAAAUGUGAAUGUCAACACCACACGAUUUUUGACCAUAGCCAAUAUUAGAGAAAUGUCUCUAAAAUUUUCAUAUAUAUAAAAUAAUUCAUUGAAAGUAAAUAAAGAAUAACAGCAUGGAUCAUGUCAUUCAGUCCCCAAAUUUUAUGAUUUCCCAUAAUCAUUCAGGUAAUUUUCUUUUUCAGUUUCAAUAGCAUUAACACUUUCCCACUUGUGUAAAUGUUCAAGGAAAAAAAAAAUGUGCUGAAGUGAAAUGCAAAGACAGGCUGAUUCCACGUGAACAGGUGUCGAAUUAAUGCUUUGAUUCUUACAACUGUCAAAAAACAAAAAAAAAAGUGUGAAAAGAAGGACCCUUAUAACAAGUUAAGAGUGCUGAAAGUGAGACUAUGCUGAUAAAAACCCCCAUCAGAAGCACAGGACCGAGUGAAAACAAUGGACACAUCAUAUAAGCUCACUCUCUCACUCACUCACACACACACACACACACACACACACACACACUCACCAUCUCUUCAUGUGUACCACUUAACAUGGACUGAAAUUUUGCAGGUGGUCAACGGAGACCAAUCAGGCAUCUCUUUGAAUGGCAAUUUCCAGUGCGAUUUUCCUUGGUUUAAUCGAUCCCAGGAGUCAGAGACAUACGAUUAAAAUAAAUUACACAAGAUUACACAUAAAUUAAAUUAAAAGUAAUACAUCUAUCGAAUGAUUUUUUUUUUUUACUAGAGUUGUGAAUAAAACAGCUGACGACUUCUCAGUCUGUUCAGGGCGAGCCCAUCACAGUCAUACUUCAUGCACUCUUUCAUCAGAGGGUCGACGGCUCAAUGAAAGGGGGAGAAAGGGGUGUAUGAUUGAGUUCAUUAGUGGCUUGUUUUCCUCCUCCCUUUUCUUCAUGUUUCUGAACAAUAACAAUCAUCCUAAUAAUAUAACAAUAUUAACAGCCUGCAUUCAUUGAAUGAACCCACCAAUCGUCCAUGUCUGUCAAAAAAAAAAAAAAAAAAAAAAACUAAUAGGGAAAUAAAUAGA